AUGGCAACUACAACAACAACAACCGGAGCUAUGGCAACUAGCACAGGCUGUGGGACCUCAGCCCAGUACGAAAUUCCCGUCAAAGAUGCAUCAUGUGGAGUUCCCAACAAUGACAAGUACAAAGGACUCCUUUCAAAAUGCGCGAAACCCGCAGGAGUGACUGCCUAUAACGACGACUGUGCUAUCUACGCUCUGGCCGUGGAUCAAUCAGUCCAAGACCUUACCGACUGCCUCUACAAAGCUGGCGUUGCCUGGAAGGACGUGUGGUGCCACGGAGAUACCAAUGCCACCGCAACAGCGACCUCGUACCCGACUGCAUCGGAAACCUCUUCGACCUCGUCUUCCGACAAGACAUCAUCAGGUACCUCGACAGAGAGCGCGGCUACUAGCACAAGUACUAGCUCUGGGGCGGAUGUCUCUCUGCCCAAGGCCCAUACCAGCUUGAAGGCUGUCAUGCUCCUUUCAACUCUGUUUGCCUCUGCCGUGUUCAUCGGAAUUUGA